AGGUUAGAAAUGUUGCUGUUGGAGAAAGAGUCUACAUCCAUAGGAUUUUACUCAGUUGCUCAUUUCCAUAUAGAUCAUCGAUGUAUUCAUGGCUUAGGCCUUUAGGGAAAGGAGCUCUGUUUGAACCUCACCAUCAAGUUUUGAAGUCAUCUUUGCCCUUGAACUAUACCCUACAGUAGUUCAAGGUUUUGAAUGGGUAUUAUGGAAGUAACCCCAAAGUAUGGGGAGCAAGGAAUUCCCAAGCCAAAAAAUGUAAGACCCUGGAGGCAAUCAGGAAGAACCAGACCCUCAAAAAACACAAGUCUUCAGCAAAGAAAUGCAAUAAAGAAGGCCCAAGGUUCCUGUAGUAGUGUUCAGAGUGGUUUGAAAGUCAGAUCAAAGUCAUUGGGGAACCUACAUGCAGCCACAAGAUCUGAUAAAUCAUUCAAUCUCAGGAAGAUGCCUGUGAAUGAGAGAAAGACAGUCAAGAAGUCCCAAGGCAUUCCAAGUGGCUUAAAAUUCAGAUCAAAGUCAUUGGGAAAUUUGAGCAUAGCUACUUCUUGCAAGCUCAAGAAGGUGCCUUGGGAUGGUACAGUCACAGAUCAGACACAAUUUAGAAUGACUAGAGAAGAAAUUGCAAAGAGGAGGUCAGAACGUAUGUCAUCACAUGCAACCCUUGCUCAUCUCCAGCUGACCUCUUUUCAAGGGAGGCAAGAUCCCAAAACACUUGCUGAAAGAAUCGCCAAAGAUCCAUGGUACAUCAACCACUUGAAGUCAAUCCAAGGUGGUGGAAUUUAUGGCCUGGAAGAAGUUUUGGAACGCUCAGCCCAGGUGAUCAAUGUGAGCCACACAGUCAUGAGCCAGGAAUCAGCUGUCCUUAGUCUCAAGAGUCACAACAGUUCCAUGGGGAAAAACUUUCUUCCCUCUAAUCCACAUUUCACUAGGGUCAACAUCCCCAACAAACGUGACAUAAAUCCUGUCACUGAAAAGGAAAAUGUUUCACCUGUGAAUGACUGUUUCACCUUUCCACAUCUCCAAAAGACACUGGAGGACAUUGACACCCGAUUGCACAAGAAACCAAAGAAACCUGAAGUCUCUCAAUCUCCAUCGAUAGGAGGGUUCAUUGGAGAACUUCUGAAUGCAGUACAGACACUAACAAUUGAGCAGAUGAAGCUGAGCGAGACUUUGCAGAGAGAAGUGGAAAGCAGAGGAAAACUGGAAUCUCAAUUGAAACAGCAAAUGUUACUUCUGUCACAACUCCAGGAUAGGUACGAUACAUUGCAGAACCAGCAUGUGACCCUCUUGAGCUGUUUUGCCCGUUUGCUCCCUCAGCAGCCGGGAGAUCAGCAACAUCAGUCAUGACAACCAUCAACCUUUUUUGUUUGGCCCAUCUGAGCUUCAUUGUGAAGCAGACUCUUUGAUAUUUUAUUAGUUUGCUAUGUGACCUCUCAUAUGGAACUCCAUGUCUCCUUCAUUUCAAUGUUGUUCUAAGUUGGAUGAAUUGACAAUGAAAUACCUUUGUCUUCAAUCUCAUCUCCUGUCAAAUGCUGUCCAUGACAUCAAUCACUUCUUGGUGGAUUUGUGGAUUUUUCUGACAAAAUAUAUUUUACCCCAAUGUAAAGUGCUUGGGCAGCAAGAAGUGUAUUGACUUAUUUUCAAGAAAGUUUUGGAUUUAGUGACACUGAGACCACACAAGACAUGUAGCAAAUAAUAAAGAUGAUGUGAU